AUGAGUCUAGCAUGUCUUGUGUGCCAUAGUGUGGAAAAUCCAUCGCCAUCGCACUCUUUCAGGAGAUCUGUUUCAAAUUCAGAUAGCGAAGGAAGAUGUUAUGCUAUUGCAAACUGCUUAACACGGAAAAUAUCUGUCCAACCCCCUACAUUACACUCUUUUCUUGCACCAUCAUCUUCAAAGGUCACCCCUCAACCUACUAUCUCGAGUAGCAGUGAGAUAACCGGUCCUCCACGGCUGGUAAGAAGUCGUGCUGUGAGAAGGGACAUAGUACAAGAUUGGAAUUUUGAUGAAGUUGUAUCUGCUUAGUCAACAACAUGCUGGAGAAAGAAUAAGGACUUCUCUUAUGCAAUAGUUUUUCCCUCUCUCUUUUUAGUUUUGGAGAGGAAAUUUCUUGUGACAUAGUUUAGACUUUAGAGCUUGACAGAACAUUUGCUAUUAUUCUCUGCUGCUUUAAAUUUUGUUAUGAGUUCAACUGAACUCUCUAGUUUUCUUGUGGAUCAUUUUUUUUAAUUAACCGAUAUUUGAAAGGAAAAAAAAUGCAAAGCAUAGAAGAAAAAAAAAAAACCAAAAUGCUCUACUUUUGGGCUGCUAGUACAAUCACGCCAACGAAGAUGACUCAGAUGAGCUUGAAACACCGAAGACAGUCACGCCAUUUGCACCAUCCUCAUUGGCAUAAUUGUACAUGCGGUAUUUUGGUAUUAUUUUUUCAAUGUAGAUUAAUUUUGUAUUUAUUUUUUUCAAAUACAGGUUAAUUAAAAAAAAAAGUCCUUUUCUUGUAUAUUAACAAUUUAAUGCAUGACAAUGUUUCUGUUUGCAUUGUUCAUUUGGUUCAUGACCUCAAAUUUCAAAAUCUAGAUUUUUUUGUCUGGGAGGUAAUAUCUAGUUAUCUACCAAAGGUUAAUUAUGAAAUCUACAGAAAAUUGGUUUCAACA